AGUUGCACAAUUAGCAACAUUGCAAUGCUCGAGGAGCUUUUACUGCAUGAUGAAUUCUGAACGCUUUUCCAUGAUCGGUGUUUUGAACAUUUUGUAAAAAUGGUUUGUUUUGAUAGUGCCGAUAAGUUGCCCCCGAGACUCUGUAUCAUAGCUCUGAAAGUCAGUAUUAUUUUUGCGUUCAAUCCUCAGUACCCAAGGACAACGAAAGACAUAGAGGAAGUUUUCUUAAGACACAAGGUUGUUCCUGAUGUUGUUUCGUUGGCGCCGGACCAUCUGAUGAGGAUUGACUACCGUAGACGGCCGACCGUGGAUGUGGACUAUGGUAAUGAUAUUCACUAUUUUCAAAUGAAGAAGAAGCCAUUGUUCCUUUAUUGGCCGUAUGAGAACAAUGAUUACUACACGAUGAUAAUGACAGACCCCGAUGCACCCACGGCAGAACAUCCAUUCCAAAAAGAAUGGCAACAUUGGAUGGUCGUAAAUAUCCCCGAAGUGCACUGGCAGAGGGGUGAGGAGCUCACUCAGUACCUUGGUAUGAUAUGGGAACUUGGGCAGGCAAAUUCAAGGAAGCGUUAUGUGUUUCUCGUAUUUAGACAUCCGGACGGUAAAAGGAUACCUUUUGACGAGCAGUACACGGGAGAGAAGUAUGACGUCUUUAGAGAUUCUGAUAUCAUUGAUCAACGGCUACGUCGAGCGCACUUUUCCACCAGAAAAUGUAUGGCAAAAUAUAAUUUUAGCAGACCGUGGGCAGGGAAUUUCUUCUACGGAAGAGUGAACACGACUUACGGAUAUAUCAAGCCUACUGACUACGAUGUUCAACAUAAUUAUGAUUUUUGGAGGGACGAAACUUGGGAUCCAGAUCUCAAUUGAGUGAAUACUGCGUGGUGACAAUGAGUUAAUCAAUAUUAUGGAAUGCAAGUUAUUUAUUUUUAAUCAAGACUAACCGUUCAAAUAGCAUUUUGAUUUUUAAGACAUCAUAUAGUAACUCAAUUAACUCGCCGAACAGCUAUUUCAGUUUGAACGAGGCGAGGGAAAUAGUACCUAGUUUAUAUUUUGUUCAUCUGGUCAAUCAUGUUCAUACAUCAGUUCUCAGAUAUUUCCUUUGUUUUAACUUAAUUCAAUCAAGUUUUGACGUUAAAUAUUAUUUUAAGAUAUUUACUUAAAUCAACUUUACAAAAUGGUCUGCAGACCAAUGCUACAAACCAAACAUCGAAAUACAUUUUCUCUCAUUAUGGUUUAGGAAGCAGUGAGAUUCAACGCACGGAAUGAAAUGUAGUUAAUUUAGUACUUUUAGUGGUUCAACUUAUAGUACAAAAGUUACGUCUGUUGAACCCCUACAUUCAAAGUUCCUGCUCUCCAAAAACAUCAAAGAUAACUUCAAUCUAAAUGAUCACUUAAUUUUAUCCGUGAGUUUUUAUGGAAUCAUUUUCUUGAAGAGUCGAAUUAUUCUCAACCGGCUCUCAUGUCUUGUGAGUCACAGGAGGAAGGAAUAUUUCGUGAAAUUCUGCUUCAGUUAUUAGUUCAAUGAUAAAAGCUCCAUAACCAAA